AUAUUCCCCGGAGCAAAAGGCAGUCUCAGACCGUUCCGAAGUUUUCAAAGACUUGCUCUGCUGAUAAGGACUUGUGUUCAAAGCUGAGGAGCUAAGCCACUUGCCAAAAUGUGCAAAGGACUUGCAGCCUUGCCCCACUCAUGCCUGGAAAGGGCGAAGGAGAUUAAGAUCAAGUUGGGAAUUCUCCUCCAGAAGCCAGAGUCUGCCAUUGACCUUGUCAUUCCAUACAAUGAGAAGCCGGAGAAGCCAGCCAAGACCCAGAAACCCUCGCUGGACGAGGCCCUGCAGUGGCGUGAUUCCCUGGACAAGCUCCUGCAGAACAAUUAUGGACUUGCCAGCUUCAAAAGUUUCCUGAAGUCUGAAUUCAGUGAGGAGAAUCUUGAGUUCUGGAUGGCCUGUGAAGAUUACAAGAAGAUCAAGUCCCCUGUCAAGAUGGCUGAGAUGGCAAAGAAAAUUUAUGAAGAAUUCAUCCAAGCGGAGGCUCCUAAAGAGGUGAAUAUUGAUCACUUCACGAAGGAAAUCACAGUGAAGAAUUUGGUGGAACCUUCCACAAGUAGCUUUGAUGUGGCCCAGAAGAGAGUCCAUGCUCUGAUGGAGAAGGAUUCUCUGCCUCGCUUUGUGCACUCUGAAUUCUACCAGGAGUUCAUCAAGUAGCAAUGCAGUCAGGCCGUGAGAAUCGUCCUGAGAGUUAUUUCGUCCAUAAUCACCCUGCACUUUCCAGCAACCCACGUAUCUUCCUGUAGCAACUUGCUCAAAGAUUCUGAGACGGAAAACCCCAGGGAGGGCUGCUUACUGUUUUGCCCACGUUGUUUUGGAUGAUUAUCUACUGCCCCAAUGUCUUCCUUUUCCAGUUUCCCCUUCCUGCCCCCAUUCUCAAUUAAGCUCUACUCUUGUAGGUUGUUGUGAAACUCAGUCAGAACAACAGAAAAACUCUACUUAGGGAAAUAUAACGCAGAAGUAUGAUAUCAUUGAAUGUGGCUCCACUUAGUAAUGGAUCGCCAUCUAAAUUGGGAUGAAAAAGAAUAUGGACAUGGAAAAACCAAUUUCAAGUGAGAUUAACUGAUCUCAUUUGUUGUUUUAAUUCUGAUCCAGGGAGGCCACUCAUUAUUUUCUGAAUUUGGUUAGUAAAAGGUGGUAAGCACUUUAUAAAAGAGGCAACCACUAUUUUUAAGCAAAUACAUUGUUCAAAACAUUGGUCUUCCUCUGACACCAUCUUUGUGUUAACUAGAGAUUAUAAAUAAGAGAUACAGCCAAGAAUAUAUUGUGUUUGUAUAAAAUCAAUCUGAACACAAUCCAUGGGGUUUCUUAUAAUUCCCUCAGACCUUCCCACACAUAAAGUUACCAAAUUCUGUACUAAAUCAGUAACCUGAGAUUGACAAUGGACUACUUUAUAAAUGUAUCUAUGCCUCUAAUAUGUAGGCCCAAAGUUUCCAUUUUCAAAUUAGUUAAAAUUUGUGUGAGUGUAAAAUUCCAAAAUUGCUAACUCCAAUCAUGUAAACCAAAAACAUGCUGCUCAUUGCAGUGGUCUUCCACCUCCGUAUCAAGAGGGCUAUCCACUACAAUGGGGAAUCUUGUCAGACCUAAAAGGGGUAGUCGUCCUAUGGUGCAAUCAGUUUGUUAAGUAAAUGAUGAUUACCUUCAAAAUAGCAAAUUGUCUUCAGAAAAUAAUUUGACAAAAUGCAGAGACUUUCUGAGUGAGAUAGAGCUUUAUAGUACCCUGCAUUUUGCAAAAUGAUCUGAUCUUCUAGCAACUGCUCAUUCCCCUCCUUAUUUUGCUCACCAUAGUAAUGAAUUGUAUUAUAGUCAAAACACACAUUUAUACCCCUAACAUGCCUUACACAUAGCCAGUUUUUAGUAGGUUUAAACUUUUAAUGCUGUAUCUCAUUAUUAUAAGUCUUACUAGCAUUUCUUGUUAUCUUUAGUAGAUUUGAUUAAGCAAUACAUAAUCUAGUAAUAAAGAGUCCAACUGUGUAUGAGGGUAACCAAGUGAGGAUACUGAGUUAAUUAAAAAAGUGAUUUUUAAGGGAUUAAUAAACAUCUUAAAUGUUUAAGUAGAAGAUUACAUUGUUCAGUCUUGUAUUUCCUCCUUUUGUUUCUUUCUUUCAUUUACAGGCUCUUAGUUUCACAUGUCUGUAACCUAUUAAUUCAGUUAUUUCCCAAAAAUAUUGAAAGUAAAGCAACUAUAUGGCUGUAUUCUUUGAGUAAACACUGACCACAUUUGUUGGGUUUUUCUUAUUUUUGUUAUUUCAAAGACUAAUGUGCCCUUCCUGAAUACUUGCCAUUUCAAACUCUGAAAAUGUGACUGGGUCUAGUGCCAACAAUUGCUAGUCUGGUAUGAGUUCCUUCAUAUUUGUCAAUAUUGCUCACUUCAAAGAAACUGCAUUGUCAAGAGGUUGACAGGCCAGGUCAACAUUGUGAGCAUAUAAGAGAAGUUCUCACCGUGUCUAUUUGUGUAGGAGUGACAAGCAACUCACAGCAAGAAUGCCCAGCACAACCUUUCUCAGCAUCUGUCUAUGUUGCCCCAAAGGGGUAUAAAACCACCAACCCUAUACUUGCUCAAGUAGCUAGAAAAUUUAAGAACCAAAGAAUCUAGGUGAGUUGUCUUUUCUUAAAUGCUAAAACAUUUUUAAGAAAAAUUUGAAUGUCAUUAAAAUUUCAAAUAUUUUAUUCGUAUUAUUUGAACUAACCAAAUGUUUACAAAUACCCAGAGAAUUGACUAGAGACUAGAAAGUUCACCAAGAUGGUUGAUGUUACAAAGACUCAAGCUUACCGUAUUCACAAACUGACUGCACAUCCUAUGUAAGUGGGUAGACUUGUCAGUGGAGGAUAAAAAGGUCCUUUGCCUUUUCAUAAGCUGAAAACACAGGAGGCAGAAAAAGCAGGAAAAGCACCAGGAGGGCAGAGUUGUGAAGACUACAAGAAGCAUGAAUGCCUUGCAGUCAACUGGUGACGUGUAAUAUAUAAGUAAACAUGAUUUUAAAUUGAAAGCAGUAUGAAGAUACACAUUAGACACUCUUCUAAGUAAAAAAUUAAAAGGAAUAUAAAUAUCACAGCCCCAAAUGAAAAAGCAAAUAUAUAAACAUUGUCCUAGAAAGUUCUUUGACAUAUUUUGAGAGUGUUUUUAAACUUUGAAGAGAAAAACCUGAGCUACCAAAAAUUUCCACGGUAAAACAAACAAAACAGCAUUCUUUUAAAUUUUGGGAAGUUAGGAAAACUAGGGUGAUCUUUCCAGGAAAAGAAUGUGUAAUGUCUGUUAUCACUCCCUUUCCCUCCUCCCCUUCCUCCCCAGUCUCCCUUGAGUAAAUUGCCUGGGCAAGUACGAAGCUCAGUGGAGGAGCCCUUGGCGCUGAUGUGUUCCUAGCUUGAGAAAAUGUAACGCAGCCCUGUGUAGAUCUGGGAUGUAGGGAGGUGGUCAAUGGGAACAGGAGUACAUGCUUCUCAUCCUUGAGAGAAACCUAAGAUUAGGGAGGCCGGGUAACCGCCAUGCCAUUUCUCUGCUUGUGUCUGAUAUAGUUUGAGCUUGGCAUCAGAUUAGUAUCUAAAUCUGACCAGAACAAAGAGGAACACUACCUAUUCUAGAGUAAGUUAGGAGGCUGUGUUCCAUGUUUAUCUGCUAAAGCAGUGCUUGUUUAAAUGAGCAACCACCAACACACACAUACAUACACACACACACACACAAAUAGACACCUUCUGAAAUGUAGAACUGAUGUGUUUCAGUAGUUUUGUUUUCAAAUGAGUAGAAGCAAAUUUAUAAACACAUUUUGUGCCCCACUCCCAAAACCACCCGUGUCCUCGUUCUCUACUGUAAAAUUAUGCUUUAAGCAGGUUUCAGUUUUUAGUGCAUAAGGAGAAGAAUUUGUUAAAGAAAUUGCUUUAAUUUUUGCCUUCUACAGAGCCAUCGAUUUUGCUUGGUUGUUGUUCUUUGUAUACACUCCUUUUCAAUAGGGUGGAGUUAUUAUUAUUUCAAAAAGUAUAAUAAAUCAGUUGGUAAACUAAUAAAAAUUCUUUGUCAGGAAUUUGUCAAGCUAUCUGUCCCAUCACAAAUUUGAUAAUUUGAGAAUCAUUUCAAAGGCUAUUUGUAUUUCGGGGAAAUGAUUUUUACUCUUGAAAUCAUUCCUUCUCAUAGCCAUUUUCUUUGUUUCCUGGUAAUUUAGCAAGUUUGGUAGAAAUAGGGUCAUGAGAAAAGAAAGGGCAGAAAGGAGGAGUGAGAAGUGUUGAGAAGUAAGUGCCUAGACUUAGCUACAAAGUGAGUCCAUUCGCUAGGAAACAUUUAAGAGCAUCUCCACUUGAUUGAAAAUCAAACAGCCUUUUGGCGUCACCACCAAGAUCUGCAGGAAGGCAUUUCUUGACUAAAAGGGAAGCUAGAUAUGAAACUCCACUUUAAAAUCCUAGGGAGUCUUGAUUAGAUAAAAGAAGAAACACGGAGGCCAUCCUUUCCCCAGAGGGUUUGCAUGUGCCAGAGAGCAGAGCAUGGAGAACGCAGUUUCUAAUAUCUGAAUGUCCAAACCCAAGGGCCAGACAACUCUGUAGGUUCUGGACAUGAGGUCUUACUAUAUCUCGGUUUAUGGGUUUUCCAGCCUUUCCAUUCUAUUAGAUAAGUGUGUGUUUAAUAGUUGUUUUGGACAAGGCUCCUUAGCAAUUUAGCAACCACUCCCUGUGUUAAACGUAUUUUCACCCAAACAGGUCAUGUGGCAGAUCAGAGCCAUAGAAAGAAAGGCUUCCCCCACCAUCCUGUAACUGAGAAGAUCAAGUCUUCCAACUAAGACAUUAAUAGCUUUGAAUGGAAACUCACAGCAGAGAGUAAAGGGAAAAGACAGAUAACCAAACUUUGGAGUACUAUCCUCACCUCACAGUUUAACAAUAAUCUUAUCGUCUAGUAGAGAAGCUACAAAUUCAACUCAACAUUUAUAUCUAGUUUGCUAAGUCUCUUCUUUUCUCACCUGAGAAAAUUUUCCUUUCUCUUUCACACCUGUCUCCAUUUCUCUUCUCCUCCAGCAUGAGAAUACAUUUAAAAUAGUUGAGUCUAACCACAUCUAUCUACUAAUGAAUACAAUUAAAGCAUUUAACUCCCUAUCUAGAAACAUGUAUAAACUAAGGCAUAAACAAAAUAAUGGGAAAUGUUGAACAUUUUUCCAAUGGAGAGAAGUAAUCUGGAUAAUUUUUGCCAAAAGAUCUUUUCAUAUCAUAUGUUACCAGAAUUUGGGAGACUGAGCUUUUUUCAGACUGCUACAACUCGCAACUCAUCUUCAGGAGACCAGCCUGGAGAAAAGAGUGGAAAUGAAAGUUUGGAAGUCCAUUCAUCAGCAUGUAUCCCAUGUUUUUCAUUUAGGAAUAAUUGUGUUUAUCUUCAAAUUUUGUAUCCAAUGUGUUGUGUACUCUGUAACCCAUGCUACUUGAUAAAGCACCAAAUAUGUAUCUGUAACCACAAUCACAUUUAUUAUAUUAAAUAUGGAUCUACAUAACAA